GGAGGCGAGCGGUGGGAAGAGGGGAAGGCGCUGCCCGCCCGUGGCCACGCUGCUCACCAGCACCACCGGGCCACCGCCGACCUGCCCGGGGAGGGGCACGAUGAACAUCGAAGUGCACAACAUCACUUACACCAGCGCCACGGUCUCCUGGGCCAUGAACAACCCCUGUCCAGAGAACUACUACCACGUCAUGUACCGCCCCAACUGGAACAGUGUCUUUGCUGGCUAUUUACGCCAAAACUUCCACCGUGAGGAGCGAGUUCCUCACCCCCUCAGCUCCCUCGUCCUCCACCAACUCACACCAUCCACCAUCUACGUCCUCUGCAUCACGUGCAAGAACUCUUACCCCUCUGGCAACCACUGCACCACUUUCCACACUCUGGACAAAACCCCUCUGGUUUUCGGCGACUCUAAGCACGAACCUACCACCUCCAUGUGGAUGGUGAGCAGCCUGCUGCUCCUCUGCUUCAUUGCUCUCCUGGCCUACGGCUGCCUGCAGUUCUGGUCUGCACGGUGCCACCAGGCUGCGAGGCUGAAGCACCCCGAUGCCAGCCCUGAAGAAGUGGACGAAGGGAGCAGCUCGCCAGAGGGGCCACUGAAUGACGGACUGAGAGAGGAGCUUCUGGAAGUCCCCAUGACCACUGUGCUAAUGAGGAGCUCCAGUUUCAUAAGAGAGAGUCCAUACAGCUCCCCCCACUGCUUUUUUUCCUAUAAAAACAGUGAUGAUAAAAGGGCCAUCUUGCCGCAGCACGGUCUUCAAUGAGAGCAAAAGAAAGGGAAACCCUGCCUAGAGGUUUGGUUCGCACUGCUCUUUCCCAGCUCUUGCCAACAGGACUGUCUGUGUGUCCACGGGGGCUGUUUGUCCCAGGGUGGAACAUGAGGUGGGGAUAACAGUCGCAGGGAGAAAGAUUUUUGUCAAGUGACAAAAAUACUCUCAUUUGCUGAGGGUUUUUAAAAAAGAAAACAAGUCAGCUCUCUGGGAACAGCCAGGCUUGGCUGACUAUAGUGUCAUUAGCUAAUCUGCAUCAGUGCUGUAGGUUCAUUUCAGAGUCAUCAAUCAACAUGCACAAGAAAUAAACACCACUCAAAUAGUUUCACACUUGAAUGAUCCUCCACAAGCAUCACACCCCAAGCCCUCAUAACACUUGUAUAAACAGUCAUCACAGCCUGACAAAAGAGCUUUUUGUCAAUAUUAAGUAGUCUAUAUUUGCACACACAGGUAUUUUCGGAAGUCUCAUUUUGAACUAUAAAUGGGAUUCCUGAAGUGGUAACUUCCUUGGGCAGGGGCACUGCUUUGGAGCUCCAAUUUGCUCUCCUCUGUGCAUUUAGAUGGAUGUCACUUGGUCUCAGUGCUAAACACCAAGCACAGAGCAGUGUCAACAUCCCCUAACAUAGGCAUGUUAUGAAGAUUAUGGGAAAGCAAUAGCAAAAGCACACUGAAUCUGCUUCUUGCAUGGCUUUUUUGUUUCGCACGGCAGUGUGACCCUGCACAUUUGCACCUGACAUUCUGUUAAUGAACUAGUUCUUGUAUUUCUUUCUUCCUAAAUAAAUACUUCCAACAUCCACCA